GGCGUUUCGCGACCGCCAAACUGCUGUUGCAGCUGCUGCUGCUCUGAAAAAGAAAGAAGCUGCGCUACCACUCGCUACGGCUUUUACGUGGGUAAGGACGAUUUUAACGCGCCGUUAGUGCUCAGUGGGCAGCACAGAAAGCCGACGACGAGCGACACCCGCACGGUGUUGUGCGAGGAGGCGCCCCCUCAAGCCCGCGCGCGUAUUACGUCUGUGGGAAACACCCAAACAAAUGUGACGCCUCCGCGGAUGAGGAGGAGAGGCGCAUCUGCGGCGGGCUCUCGUGACUUGGGCGAUGUCGGCGGCAGAGCUGUCGAACGAUCGCUGUCGGCUGGAUGCGUAACUACGCUGCUUCCUCCUGCGCAUCAAAUCGAAUCUGCAAAGGCGUUCCUCGACUACGAUCUCGCAGACAUUUGCGAAGGAGAGCGGUUGCAGUGUAACCAAAAUCGACGUUUUCUUUAAGCAGUAGAGCACCGCUUGAGUUGUGUUGUGCGCGGAGACUGCGGAAGCGAAGACAGAGGAGCGUAUCUUGCGGGUUUUCAUUGUUCGCGCGGACGUCGUGAGUGCGACGUUGGGCUGCACUUGAAUCGAGCGCCAUGAAUUUGUCAUUUUCCGGUUGCGGUUUCCUGGGCAUCUACCACAUUGGAGUGGCCAGCGCGUUUCGGGAGUACGCACCGCAGAUAUGCCUCAACAAGAUCGCCGGAGCAUCGGCUGGAUCUCUUGCCGCUGCAGCCCUCGCAUGCGAAGUUCCGUUGGGCGAGACGACGACGUACGUGCUGCGCGUGGCCGUGCGCGCCCGCCAGCGCGCCCUGGGUCCGCUGCACCCGGGCUUCGACAUCAACAGCAUCAUCCACGACGGCCUGUGCAAGCUGCUGCCGGAGAACGCGCACAAGCUGAGCAGCGGGCGCCUGCACGUCUCCCUCACGCGGGUGUCGGACGGCAAGAACGUGCUGCUCUCGCACUUCGAGUCCCGCGAACACCUCGUCGAGGCGCUGAAAUGCAGCUGCUUCAUCCCCUUCUACUCCGGUCUGAGGCCUCCGAAAAUUAACGGAGUGGCGUACAUGGACGGCGGCUUCAGUGACAACCAGCCGUCGCUGGACGAGAACACGGUGACCGUGUCGCCGUUCGCUGGCGACAGCGACAUCUGCCCCAUCGACGACUCCUACAACCUGACGCAGAUCAACUUCAGCGGCACCAGCAUCUCGAUAUGCCCGGGAAACUUGUACAGGGCGGCCCGCAUCUUCUUUCCCCCCGACCCCGAGAUACUGAGCCGAAUGUGUCAGCAGGGCUUCGACGACGCCGUUCGUUUCCUCCAGAAGCACGCCAGCGCUCGGACGCUAACAUCAGACAUGAUCUCCUGCACCAGCUGCUUGGCAGUGCAGUCGAGCUUCGUGGUGGCGCCCCCCGAGGCAAGCCCCGAGCUGAGCACCGACUCGGACGCCGAGCAAGCCUGCGACAACUGUCACAACUGCAGGCAGCGUCAGGAGCUGGCGCUCUCUGAUAGCCUUCCCGAGGCCAUCGUCAGAGCCAUCCAGGAUGCAUCUGAUCAGCUAAACAAAGGUGUGAUCAACUGGCUCUUCAGACACCGUCCCAUGAAGCUUCUUUCCAUACUGACAAUUCCAUACGUGCUGCCCAUCGACAUCACCAUCGUCGUUAUUUGCAAGAUGUGGCAGCUGCUGCCCAAGAUGCGCCGCGAGAUCCGCCGCCGGCUCCAGCGUACCGUGGGCGCGGCGCGUGACUUCACCUCCAAGCUGCAGAGCAAGCACCCGCUGUACAGCGCGCGCUUCUCCUGCCAGCUCAACAUCACCGAGUUCAACUACACGCCGGACGAGCCGGAGCCUCGGCCCAAGACGCCCACGGGCCCGCUCCAGCGCCGGGUGCCGGCCCCGAUGCUGCGACACGACCUGCGCAGCCGCAGCCUCGAGGACCUGGUUCGCGGCAACCCCAGGCUGCAGCAGCAGCGCCAGCGGGCCUUCCAGCGCAAGUCGUCGUACGCCGGCCUCGCGCUUGCCCGGCGCGCCGGCAGCGAGGACACCACCGUGGUCAGCUCGCUCAACUUCGGCUUCACCAUGAACCUGUCGUCGUCGUCGGCCGGCGCGGACGUGGCCCCCGCCGGACCGCCGGGCGCCGCGGCCGGAGGACCCGUGGAGCGCUGCCGCCGGCAGAGCGUUGUCGAGGCGCUGCGAACGCUGAGCGAAGACCGCGAGGAAGAGGCGGACGCGGUGGACGCCAUCGCGCUCACCAACCAGGCGCUCAACUGGGAGAAGGAGUGCAUCGAGCGUUGCCAGCGCAAGGAAGACGCCGACAAGCUCGAGCACAUCUUGGACGUGACGCAGCAGAAGGAGGCGCUCAUGGCCUUCUACUACACGGACUCGGCCACUCACCGGGUCCGCGUCACCGAGAUCUUCAACGUCACCGACUCGGCGCCGCACUCGAGGGCUCCGUCUUCUGCCGCGUCGACGACCAACGGCGAGGGCGCGCAGAAGAGGCGACUAGAGGUGGACACGUCGUCCGGUCCCGCAAACUCGCGAAGAACUCCGCCGCUCCUGAGAAUGUCUCCAGUGGACGAAGGAACGCCGACCAGUCUUGGGGAGCCGCCGUGCUUUGACGACGGCUCGUCGUCGUCGUCGGUGACGUCUUCGCCGUCUACGACGGGGGCGGCGUGGAAUUCGUCGGCCGAGUACGCCGACGACUCGUCGUCGCCUUCCACGUCCGGACAAUCCGUCAGCUGCGAACGCAAGGUGCCCCGAAGGAAGAACUCCGUCGCGUUCGUCAACUGCGGAACCCGCUGAUGGAAACCUCGCCACCUACUACUACGUGGAGCGCGUUGAAUUCGUCGGUUGUGUGCGUGCCAACAAUGCGUCGUUCGCCUUCCGCCUCUCGACUGUCUUUCAACCGCGAAUGCUGGACUCGCAUUGAAAAAGAACAUUCCGCAGUUGUGAAACGCGGUGAUGGAACUAGCGGCACUUGAGCGUGAGAUGUGCUGAACUGUAAUCUAGCCAUGGCAUGGUGCCACAGAUAUGUGCCACAUUCUGAUUUAAGAUCUUAGCGUCUUGCUGUUUUUCUGUAGGACCAAAACGCUCGUAUCUGCAUUUUUAUUUAUAUAGUCGUGCAUGAAGAAAGUGCACGUUAAUUUUUGUUUUUUCUUCGUUCGUGCUACUGGUACGGUGGAGAACUUCUUGAACGCAUGGUGAUGUGCACCUGCGGGGCGCUUUACGUCGGACGUGCGUGCCAACGUAUGAUGCAAAAGACUUGUGCCAUUACUCCUCGGUGAUCAAAAGAGUGAUAAAGUUGCUCAACUUUCUGCAGCUGUUCGGUGAACAGUUCACUGUAAUGUUCCUUGGUUCCGAAGGAAACCUCAGGAUGGUUAUCCAAAUCAAAGAUCUCAUGUUAUUUAUUGCCAUGGUGUACAAUUAUGGUAAUGGAUAAAGCUUGGUACACACGGA